UCCUGAGCCGAGUUGGGCGGUCCCAUGGUGCGCUGGUCUCGCCUCACAGUUGUUUACGCACACUUUUGGAGCGUAGCGUCACACCAAUCAAUCCUUCCAAAUUACGCUGUGGACUCCCUCAGGAUGGAAGGCGUUUGAUUUAUCAACGUGCAAUAUGCGCAUUGUAAAUAAGAAGUCAGAAAACAUGCGGACGCCGGAGUAUUUGGUGUGCACUGUUUUCUGAUCCCCGCUCCUCGGGGUUAUUAUGGGAUGGAGUCCGUCACUUGCUCUCACACAAUUUUGAUCUUGUUCAACUUGUUCUGCCCGAUUAGUUCGGCGGUCCUGGAGUCCAUCUACUGGAACAGCUCAAACACCAAGUUCGAGCCGGGUCGUGGCCUGGUCCUAUAUCCUCAAAUCGGGGACAAGAUGAACAUUGUGUGUCCGCGGGCGGGUGGCCGGGGUGGGGCUGGGGGGGAGGAGUUCUACCGGGUUUACCUGGUGACCCGCACUCAGCUCCAGAGCUGCACAGUGGACCAGAGUGACACGCCCCUCCUGGCCUGUGACAAACCACAGCAGGAUGUCAAGUUCACCUUCAAGUUCCAGGAGUACAGCCCCAACCUCUGGGGCCUGGAGUUCUUGAAGGGACGAGACUACUACAUCACUUCCACGUCGACGGGUUCUCUGCAGGGGAUGGGGAAUGCUGUUGGGGGUGUCUGUCGCUCCCGAUCCAUGAGCAUGGUGCUCCGAGUGGGACAGAGUCCUUCGGAUCCUCCUUCUGUUCCUCAGGAAUCCCCCACCAGGUUCCCCCCUAAAGAGCACAACGCCAACAACAAGGAAACCACAGGAACGGCCGAAAAAGAGGAAGAGGGGCUGGACCGGGGUCUGUUGCUGGGGGUGGUAUCAGGGGGCUUGGUCCUCGUCUUCUCCGUGGGGGUCCUGGUGGCCUGUGUCUGGAGGAGGAGACGUCCCCGGCGCUCUGAGGACAGGCUAAACCCCCCUCCGCCCUCGGCCCUCCCCCUCCAACGCUUGGGCAAGCGAGACAGCACCAGCAGUGAGGACCUGGACCCCCAGGCCCAGCUGGUGUUUCCUCUCCGGGGGUCCGAGGGAGCCCUCUGCCGUCACUACCAGCGCGUCAGCGGGGACUACGGCGCCCCCGUCUACAUCGUGCAAGAAGUCCCUCCCCAAAGCCCCACCCACAUCUACUACAAGGUCUGAUCGCGGCCUGUCAUUUCCUGUUUGCGCUAUGUCAUUUCCUGUUUGCUUGAUGUCGUCCCACCCUCCUAGCGGACAUCAAACAAGCGUCCACCAAAAGGUGUUUCUCAUCUCUACGCCCACGGAGCUAACAACACAUCCUAUCAUCCUUUGCACUACGACCAUGUGACCACCACUAAGGAUGGGUCCCUGAAGAAAAAAACGAUCUUCAACUUCAACUAUCUUCACUAAUAUCUUCAACCUGUAACAGAGAGCGAUGACGAUGAUGAGAGUGUCAACCCUAAACAUCUUAUCGUUAUCUUACAGCUGUUCUUCUUUCUGAUUGGAAGAAAUGGUGCAAGCUGAAUUCCUGUGUCUUGUGAUUCUGCCUUUCACCAUUUGAGGUCAGCGAUGUUUGAGUGGACCUGCAAUGUUGUUUAAAACAAGAGUUGAUGUGUAUAUAUCUACAAUCACACAUUCCUUAUAGAAUAUAAAAUAUAAAAUAAAAUAUGCCAUCCAUAUUAUUUAUAUAUCCCCUUU